AUGUGGUUUAAACGCUUGAAGCUGAUUGUGGCGGGAGUUUCUGUGUUGGUCCAAUGCACGUUCACCGUCGAUGCGAACCAACCGAGAUUCGUAGGCCAGGGGUCAAACGUGACAGUUGCCGUUGGUCGAGAUGCGUCAAUAACGUGCAAAGUCGACAAUCUCAUGACUUACAAGGUUGCUUGGUUGCGCGUGGAUACGCAGACAAUCCUGACGAUAGCUGGUCACGUGAUUACUAAGAACCAUCGGAUCACCAUCACGCAUGGGGAUGGUGCGUGGACGCUCAGCCUACGCGACGUGGGCCCUCUAGACAGCGGAAAUUACAUGUGCCAAGUUAACACUGAGCCAAUGAUGAGCCAGUUACACCAGCUGCAAGUUGUCGUACCACCGGACAUCAACAACAAGGCGAGUAGCAGCGAUAUAAUUGCAAAAGAGGGAGAUGGUGUUCAGUUGCAAUGUAUUGCUUCUGGAACUCCCGCGCCUACAAUUACCUGGAGGAGAGAAGAUUCGAAACUCUUUAGUGUGACCGGAAAGGCCUUAGUGCCAAAAUGGAACGGAGCGUGGCUAAACAUCACGACCCUUAAGCGAGAAUCAUCGGGUGCUUAUCUAUGUAUAGCAUCAAACGGAGUUCCCCCAUCAGUGAGCAAGAGGAUACAAAUUAGUGUCAUGUUUGCUCCCAAGGUGUGGGCAGAUCGUGUUGCAAUACGAGUGCUCAGUGGUGACAGCGCCACCUUGCAGUGCCUGGCUGAUUCGUUCCCGGCGCCGCAGAUUUAUUGGACCCUCAAUGGAGAACAGAGACUCUUAAAUGGAACAAAACACAGAACUUUUAGUAUGUUAAAAGGUUACACUUACACGGUGAUACUCGUGAUCGAUGAACUGUCAAGAGAGGACGCGGGGGCGUACCGUUGCCACGUGGAAAACAGUUUGGGACGUGCUCAAGCCGAGCUUUUCUUGUACGUUUUGACAACGACGUCAACAACAACUACCACGUCGACAACAACGCCCUCGACAACAACGCGCUCAACGACAAUCACAACAACUAAGGCUCCAGCCAUCAGUACAAUAGCAACAUACGAUGCCGAGAAGGACGUAGAACCUUUACACAGAGGCGUAAUAUUGGACCCCGAACUAGAAAACGCCUAUGUUGUCCUGAGCCAGCACCAAAUGCAAAACCUGGAAAUGGUUACAACGAUG